UCUUCUCUUGGCUCUCCUCGUCUGUUCCUCUUCUUCCAUUUGCUUUCUUCUUUCUUUCUUUCAUUUCAAUUUUGUUUCUUUGUUUUCAUAUUCUAAAGGGAAACUUUUUAUUCGAUUUUUUAGCUUUAAAACAAUACAGCGUCAGUUUCGGAUUCGAACAAAGCUAUCCAUAUCUUUUUCUUUUCUUUUCUUUUCCUUUCUUUUCUUGGAAAAUAAAGUUGUUACCGAUCUGUGUUUCCUAUAUACGAGGCUGCUUUUAAGGCCGUGUUUGGAUCUUUCUAUUUACUGCUACUUCAUCACUGCUGCUGCAAUUAAUGGCUGUUCCAUCUCUGAAACACUCUCAAAAGCCUGUUGAAGAAAUGAUGAGGAAUCUUAAAGUUGAUGAAGCUUCCGUAGAACUCACCGAUUCUAAUAUGGUUCCUUCAAAGGAUGGGAGCCCUUCAGAUGCAACGUCAUGUAUUUCAUCCACAGGAGAUGCAACAGUUAGUGUCAAGGAAGGCGAUGUAGAUCGUGAAUCCUUGACAACUGCCCAAGGCUUGCCAAAUCCAUCAUGUGGCUACUAUGGAUAUUUCUAUCCAGGUUAUGAUGGCACUUUUGGAGGGCUGGACGACCAAGCAUACUAUGUGGCUUGUGAUGGAAUGCAACUUCAAUAUCCAGUCAUGGAAGCAGAUAAUGGAUCUUUGAUCUACUUAAUGCCAGGAAUACACCCAGGUUACAGUCCAUACUUACCUGUAAACAUGUUUGGCAUAGAUGGACAGCAUGUUGUCCAACAACCAUUUCCUUCAAACCCCAUGUUACAACCAUCAAUUGCCCCUGGAUAUAUUCCAACUCCUUUUCUAGUGCCACCACCCUACCUGUGGGAUCCAUCUGUUUAUGUUGGGGAGGGAGCAUAUGGAAAUGGCUAUAGUGGAAUUGUGGAAAUUUCUGGCUCUAAACCUAACAUGUCAUCUCACAGUCAUACCCAUGCUCAUUCAAAAAAUUUAUGGACUCCUGACUUUAGUGAUUCACUAGAAAAUAAGAGCUCCCUUCCGACAUUAGAUGCAUCAUCUGGUCAUGGCAUGCAUAACCAGUUAAAAUCAGUGGCCAAGUCAGAUGUAUCACUUGAAGGUUAUUUUCCAUUGGCCAAGUUUCCACCAUAUAAUCAAGGGAAGGGUGGAGUGCUCUAUCCAAACACCCCUGUUAAAGCAAGUGCAAGGGGUUGGAGCAACACUGAAAAGCCAAAAGCAAGAAGCAAGAUUGGUAACAUUAGCGAUUUUGGCUUCCUCAAUGAGCAGAAUUAUGGUCCUAGGACAACUAAUGCUAAGGGUUCUUUUACUUUUGGAGGUAAUGCUGCUGGAUCUUUGGAUACUGACGGGAACGGAAACAGUAACAGCCUAACUUCUGUAAUUAGGAGGGAUCAAUAUAACCUUCCUGAUUUUCCAACCAAAUAUGAUCAUGCAUUUUUCUUUGUUAUCAAAUCUUACAGUGAAGAUGAUAUUCAUAAGAGCAUCAAGUACAAUGUGUGGGCCAGUACCCCUAAUGGAAAUAAGAGACUGGAUAGUGCAUAUCAAGAUGCACAAGAGAAAAUGGCAGAGAAAGGCAGCAAUUGUCCUGUGUUCCUUUUCUUUUCAGUAAAUGCAAGUGGCCAGUUCUGUGGAGUAGCCGAGAUGAUUGGCCGAGUGGAUUUCAAUAAGAAAAUGGAUUUCUGGCAACAGGACAAGUGGAAUGGUUAUUUCCCAGUCAAGUGGCACAUUAUUAAAGAUGUUCCAAACCCACAAUUACGGCAUAUAAUACUUGAGAACAAUGAGAACAAGCCUAUUACUAAUAGUAGAGACACACAGGAGGUCAGAUUUCCACAGGGUAUGGAAAUGUUAAAUGUAUUUAAGAACUUUGUUUCCAAAACAUCUAUAUUGGAUGAUUUUGAUUUUUAUGAAAGCCGCCAAAAGGUGAUGCAAGAGAAAAGGCUCAGGUCAUUGGUGACCCAUUUGGAUCAUAAUCAGCAGAAAACAGAUGAAUUAAUCAUGGAAGAAACUGAAGCGAGUGACCAAGCAAAAGAAUGAAGCAUGGUUAAAUACUGUUGCUGAAAAGUGAAAACCAGCAAUUACAUAUGAAGCUGUCAAAAGAAAAAAAAAAUGGAGGCUGAUGCAAAUGCCGCCUGGAUCGAUGCGGAAAUUAUGGAAAAAAAAAUUAAAAAGAAAGUGGGGGCAAAAGAGAGGAUAUGAAGACCGUAUGGUGAUUGAAUUGAAUCUACAAUUUUUUUCCAGACGAGAUGGUGGCUUGCUGGCAACUAAAUCAAGCGUGUUCUAUUUCAUGUAAAUGACCCACUAAUUUUAGCCCCAACUUCUUUUUUCUUUUUUUAUUUGGAUUUUGGUUUUUCUGCUUGCUUUCCUUUACUUGUAGGUGGUGAUUAUCAAAAUGUUGCCAUAACCCCCGUGGAUUUGGAUUUAAAAAAAAAAAAAAGAAAUCUUUUAAGUUGUGAA